UCCAGCACAGGAUUGGAAACCAUCUCUGCUCAAGUCUUCUGCACGAGACCUCCCUCAACAGUGUAUGUAGAUGACAUAAUUCUCACAGGAAAUAAUACUGCAGCAAUGAGAGGUCUCAUAAACUAUCUUAAGCAACAUUUUGCAAUGAAGGAUCUUGGCUCUCUCAGCUUCUUUCUUGGGAUACAUGUUCAAUAUCUGACCAAUGGGAUGUUGUUAUCACAGUCCAAGUAUGCACUGGACCUUCUCUCUCAGUUCAAAAUGACAGAAGCCAAACCAGCUAAAACCCCUAUUCCAGCAGGCUCUCAGUUAUCUAAGCAUCAUGGUGAUCCAUUGGAAAAUGCCACUGAAUAUAGACAACUUGUUGGAGCUUUGCAAUACCUCACUUUGACAAGACCAGACAUAAGCUUCACUGUCAAUCAGCUUUGUCAGUUUAUGCACAAUCCCUCCACAGUCCAUUGGACAGCAGCCAAAAGAGUGCUAAGGUAUCUCAAAGGAUCACUCAAUCAUGGCCUGUUAUUCACUAAGGGAUCACUCACUCUUAAUGCAUACAGUGACUCAGAUUGGGCUGGUAACCCAGAUGACAGAAGGUCAACAAUUGGCUAUGCCAUAUAUUUAGGACCAUGUCUAAUCAGCUGGAGUGCCAAGAAACAAACUAUGGUUUCUAAAUCAAGUAUAGAAGCUGAAUAUCGAUCUCUAGCACUUACCAUAGGUGAAGUUUAUUGGCUCAGGAUGCUUCUAAAAGAACUGCAAGUGCCUCUCGAUACAACUCCUACCCUAUGGUGUGAUAACUUAAGGGCACUGUCCUUGGCAACAAAUCCAGUGUAUCAUGCAAAGACUAAACAUAUAGAGGUGGACUAUCACUUUAUUCGAGAGAAAGUUGUUAAUAAAGACAUCACAACCAGGUAUCUCUCUACCAUUGAUCAAGUGGUAGACAUAUUCACUAAGGGACUUACUUCAGCACGAUUUCUACUACUUAGAUACAAGCUGAGAGUGACCACCUCACCCAUCAACUUGCAGGGGGAUGUUAGAAGAAACUCAGCUGGCCAAGAUCAAGGCUCAAUUGACAAAGAUAAAGGCAUGAUCCCAGCCAUUAAUUCAACCUCAGAUGGAAGCCCGCAUGCAGACCAUGCUCAAGACAGCAAGACAGUUGAUGCUUUCCUUGUAUAGAUUUAUUCUCUAUUUAGUUUCCUUAUAUAGAUUUAUUCUGAUUGAA